AUGGGGUCUCUUAGGGACUUAAAAGAUAUGUUUUUUAGCAUCAACAACCCAGAUUUGGUAACUCAGACAACAAUGGUGGUCGCCUGUGCAAAGUUAGGAGAUAUCAAAUUCACACGCCAACAGUUUGAAAUAACGCUCGACCGAGAUGUGAUUGCCUGGAACGCAAUGAAAGCAGGGUACGUGCGUUUCGGGGAGCCUUUAAACGGACUCGAACUGUUUAACGCAAUGGAAAUGAAAGGUUUGAAGGUUAAUGUAUUAUCUGCAUGCACUCGGUUAAGUGCUUUAGAUGCGGGACAACCGGCAUAUAGAUAUAUAAAGUAUAAAAAAUUACAAAUCAACACAACUCUUGGUAGUGCACUAGUCCACAUGUACGCAAAGUGUGGGGGUAUUAAGACGGCAAUGAAUGUUUUUUUGGGUGAUGAAAGAAAAGAAUGUGUACACAUGGAGUGGUGCCAUGGGAGGACUAGCCAUGCAUGGUUAUGGUAA